UGGCUAAGGGUCACACAGCAUUUACAUCAUAAUUGGGCAGGAGUUUAAAAAUGUCUGGCCCUCUCCCUCCCCACCACCCGCGGCUGUGUCCAGUCGGAGAAUGUUCUAGCGCUGGGGGCGUCUGCGGAUGAAGUCCUUGGGGGGAAAAGGAGCAGGCCAAGGGCGAUGGUCGAGUAGAGCUGCCUUGUGGAGGCAGCAUGAGCUGAGAGGGUGAUAGGAAGGAAGGAGGCGCUAGACAGCAUGGAGGACUUUCUGCUCUCCAAUGGGUACCAGCUGGGCAAGACCAUUGGGGAAGGGACCUACUCAAAAGUCAAAGAAGCAUUUUCCAAAAAACACCAAAGAAAAGUGGCAAUUAAAAUUAUAGACAAGAUGGGAGGGCCAGAAGAGUUUAUCCAGAGAUUCCUGCCUCGGGAGCUCCAGAUCGUCCGUAUCCUGGACCACAAGAACAUCAUCCGGGUGUAUGAGAUGCUGGAGUCUGCCGAUGGGAAAAUCUACCUGGUGAUGGAGCUGGCUGAGGGAGGGGAUGUCUUUGACUGCGUGCUGAAUGGGGGGCCACUGCCCGAGAGUCGGGCCAAGGCCCUUUUCCGUCAGAUGGUCGAGGCCAUCCGCUACUGCCAUGGCUGUGGUGUGGCCCACCGGGACCUUAAGUGUGAGAAUGCCUUGUUGCAGGGCUUCAACCUGAAGUUGACUGACUUUGGUUUUGCCAAGGUGCUGCCCAAGUCGCGUCGGGAGCUGAGUCAGACUUUCUGCGGCAGCACAGCCUAUGCAGCUCCCGAGGUGCUGCAAGGCAUUCCCCACGAUAGCAAGAAGGGUGACGUCUGGAGCAUGGGUGUGGUCCUCUACGUCAUGCUCUGUGCCAGCCUACCUUUUGACGACACAGACAUCCCCAAGAUGCUGUGGCAGCAGCAGAAGGGGGUGUCCUUCCCCACUCAUCUGGGCAUCUCGGCCGAAUGCCAGGACCUGCUCAAGCGGCUCCUGGAACCAGACAUGAUCCUCCGGCCUUCAAUUGAAGAAGUUAGUUGGCAUCCAUGGCUAGCAAACACUUGAUAAAAGCAAUGGCAAGUCCUCCCCAAUAAAGCAGGGGGAGAAAGCAAACCCAAAAACCUGCU